AAACCACCAAAUUUUUUUUCCGCCCUUAGCGAUUUUUUUCCGUCGGUCUCCAAACGCCAUCCCGUCAUCUUCAACCUCAGUCUUCGCCUUUGUUUGCCGCGGACGAGAACGGGAGGAGAAUCGCUGGAUCUUCGCCGGAGUCUACAUAAAUCAAUUUGGGUUAAUUUGUCAAUUUAAUUGAGACCCGCACAGAGAGAAGAAAGAAGAAGCAAGAAUUCCAAAAUUCCAGAUCUUCUCCAAAUUUCCGACCCCAAGAGUCCAGCUUCCGGUCUUCUUCUUCAGCAGUCCCGCACAGAGAGAAGAAAGAAGAACUGACUAUUCAAAAUUCCCGAUCUUCUUCAGAAGUUUCAGAUCUUCACAGUCCAGGUUUUCCUUCACAUGAACCAUUACUAAGGGUAAGGGUAAGUCCAAGACCUAGGAAGACAAAGAGAUUGCGGAUGGCGCGCCAAGAUGAAUUCACAGGGACAGCUUCUGUCCUUGGAGUUGAUAAUACUUUUCGGAAAAAAUUAGAUCGAGAGGAGUACUUGCAGCGUGCCCGUGAACGAGAAGAAAAGGAGGCUGAGGGACAAAAGGCAAAGUCAAGAGGUCCUCCGGUGCAGAGAAAACCCUUGAAGCAAAGGGAUUAUGAAGUGGAUCUUGAAUCCCGCUUGGGAAAGACCCAGGUUGUGACACCAAUUGCACCCCUAAGUCAACAGGCUGGAUACUUUUGCUCAGUUUGUGAAUGUGUUGUUAAAGAUUCUGCAAAUUACUUGGACCAUAUCAAUGGCAAAAAGCACCAACGAGCUUUGGGUAUGUCUAUGCGAGUGGAGCGGGCAUCUUUGCAGCAAGUCCAAGAGCGAUUUGAAACGAUGAAGAAGCGUAAAGAUAGUACAAGCAUUACUGUGCAAGAUUUUGAGGAGCGGAUGCUGAAACAACAACAUGAAGAGGAGGAGCGGAAACGGCAACGUCGAGAAAAGAAGAAAGAGAAAAAGAAAGAGAAGGCAACAGAGGAUGAACCUGAAGAAGACUCUGAUAUUGCAGCCAUGAUGGGAUUUGGAGGUUUUCGAACAUCUAAGAAGUAAUCUGGCUCUUAUUAUACCUAUUUUAAUCGGCUUCCCUAUUUUCUGUUGUCUUUUUUAUAGCCGGAUGUUUACUUUUACUCGAUACAGCAUGUGCUCGACACCUUAUUAUUGCAGAAGAAUUCACUACAAUUAGCAACAAAUGUUAGCCGUAUUUCGAGUGCGUUUAUUAUUUCGGAGGUCAUUACCAAAUGUAUAUUCGUGAAUCACCUAAUUAUGUGAGAGGGUUAUUGAUUAAGAGCCAAAAUUCUAUAGGUCAUUAACCACCACCCCCCCCCCCCCCUUCCCACUUCUAUCGAGGGGUUUUCUUUUCUUCAUCUGCACCCAUGGAGAUUUCAAUCUUGCUCUUCAAUUUUUUCAACCUAGGUUUUGGUAUUAGACCGAUAGAGGCAUCUGUCUCCAUCAAUUAAAAAUUUUGUAAUUGAUACCAUCACUGUGGGUACUUCCCUGAAAUCAGGUACAGUAUGAUUUGUGAGUAUAUAGAGUAAUGGCUCGGAACAACUUGGAUCAAAGUAAGCAUGAGCAAUGGGAGGAGAUAAAAUGCAUCAACUCAAAGAGUAAAUUUAGUUGAUGGUUUGAAGAGAAAUAAAGCCUUGUGGACCAAAGAAAAAAAUUGUCUUUAUUCUGUCCCACUUCCAUGUGUUAUAUUACAUUGUACCCCACUUCCAUGAAAUAUGUAUAUACUCCUAUGCACUUUUGUGCAUUUUUCUUCACUUAUUUUUCUAGGAU